UUCACGUUGACGCCGCAAGAUGAAUCUACAUGUGCUACGCAUGGCGAGUCGCAAUGGACCGGCACCGUCGACGUGACGGACUCGCACCGCCUCUUCUUCUGGUUCUUCGACAGCCGCAACGAUCCCGUCAACGACCCUAUCGUCGUCUGGAUGAACGGAGGGCCCGGCGGAAGCUCAAUGCUGGGCCUCUUCAAUGAGCUGGGAGCGUGCUGGCUCGAGCCCGGCGCAAACACCACCGUCCCAAACGACUUUGCCUGGAACAACAACGCAUCGGUGCUCUUCUUGGACCAGCCCGCCGGCGUCGGCUUCUCCUCGCGCUCCCAGGACUCCCCGAUCCCUGCCUUUGACCUCGACGGCGCGUCCGACUUCCAGACCUUCCUCAACAUCUUCUUCAGCGAAAUCUUUCCCGACCGCGCCCAUCUGCCCAUCCACAUCGCCGCGGAAUCCUACGGCGGCCACUACGGCCCGACGUACCUGGACCACAUCCUGGACUCGCGGAAGCUCAACUCUCGCGACGCCUUCCGCGGCAACAUCUCGUCGCUGAUCCUGGUCGACGCCGUCAUCGACUUUGCCGCCCCUGCAGUGGGCGUGUACGAGUUUCUGUGCAAGGGCUAUGGGAAGCACGGCAAGAUUAUGAAUGACACGACGUGCGAGGCGCUGAAGCUGAGUGUGCCCAAGACCUUUGAGCUGGCAAGGAAUUGCGAUGCGAGCAGAGAUGGGUAUGAGUGUUGGGGCAUGAUGACGUUUCUGGAAGAGGUGGUACAUCCGUAUUAUUAUGAGGAGGUCAUGGCAGGCAAGAGGAAUCCGUUCAACGUCCACAUUCCGUGUCCCAACUUCCCCUUCUGUGCGGACAUCAGGAAAGGCAACAUGACGGCCUACCUCAACCAGGCCCACAUCAAAAAGGCCCUCAAGUUCCCCCCGUCCUUCACAUACGAGGACAUCGACAUGAACCUCAACUCCGCCUUCGUCAACACCAAGGACCCCUUCCGGACCACAACCCGCGAACUCGCCCGCAUCCUCGACGCCUACCGAACUCCUAACCUAGGCGACAUCCGCGUGCUCGUUCUGCAAGGCAACGAGGACUACGUCGUC